GUGUCCAGGGAAGGAACAGAGUACUGAAGUCAUUCGAUACAUCGUCAUGCAGUCUAAGGUCCUUCUUGUUGUGUUGGGUUUGGCAGCCCUUGUUGCUGCGGACAGCAGGGAAACCUACUCCUAUGCUGCCCCUAGAGUAUCCUCAGGCUCCGAAUCCUCGGAGGAGUCCUACGAAUCCAGCGAAGCCAAGUACAGCUUCAACUGGGCCGUGAGCGACGACUCCUCCAGCAACGAGUUCGGACACCAGGAAUCCCGCGACGGAGACGACACUGAAGGAUCCUACUAUGUCCAGCUUCCCGACGGGCGUCUCCAGAAGGUGUCCUACCACGUCGACGGCGACGACGGAUACGUAGCCGAAGUAUCCUACGAAGGAGAGGCCCAGUUCCCCGAUUCCGUCGAAUCCGGGUCCAGUGAAUCCUUCGAGGCUCCUAGAUACGCCCCACCAAGGCCUCGUUACUCUGCUCCCGACUCCAACGAAUCUAAGUAGGAUUGGAGAUGAAGGUUGCCCAGGCUUGAUGGUACACUACCGCCAAUAUUUAUUGUACAAAUAUUUAUUGCUCUGUUUAAGCAAAUAAAAUGUCUAAUUAAU